AUGCUCAGGAUAUUUAAGGCUGCAAAUCCAUUCAAAUCCAAAAAAAAAAGUCCAUUAGUAGCAAAGAUGGAAACAGAUAAUAAAGAAAAGACGGAAGCAGUUCAUGUCGAGGGUGUUAUCGAUGGUGAAAAGGAGAUCGAGUUGAAAGAAGCACUUACUCUGGAAAAUGACCUUACCAAGCUUCCUACUGAGCUUCAGAAAAAUCUCGAACUUCCUGAGUCUUUGAGAGACCUUACACCUGAAGAGUUUGCAGCUUUAGAAAAAAAGACAAAGUGGAAGAUUGACCUUAGAAUUUUGCCUAUGCUUGUUUAUAUCUAUAUUUUAAAUUAUUUGGAUAGGAACAAUAUUGCUAGUGCCAGAUUAGGUGGGUUGGAAGAUGAAUUAGGGUUGAAAGGAACAGAAUAUCAAACAUGUAUUUCGAUCUUAUUCGUGGGUUAUAUUGUGAUGCAAAUACCUGCCAACAUGAUUUUGAAUAAGUUAGGGAAACCUUCUUUAUUUAUCAGUGUCAUCAUGACUGUGUGGGGUAUUAUUUCCACUUGUACAGGUGCUGUCCAAAGUUACGCAGGUUUGGUAGUGGUCCGUUUCCUUUUAGGGUGGGUUGAGGCUGGAUUCUUUGGAAGCUGUCUUUACUAUCUUUCUUGUUGGUAUACUCGUAAAGAGCUUUCGUUUAGAAAUUCGAUAUUGUACAGCGGUAGUUUGGUCAGCAGUGCAUUUUCAGGUUUAAUCGCCGCAGGUAUUUUAGAUGGAAUGGACUUAUUACAUAACCUUAGAGGAUGGAGAUGGUUGUUUAUCGUGGAAGGUGCGAUAACUGUUGGAUCUGUACCUUUUGCUUACUUCAUAUUACCAGAUAUGCCUUCUAAUACUAAAUUUUUGUCCCAACAAGAGAAAGAUCUUGUGAUGUGGAAACUCCGUGCAGAAGUUGGACAAGAUGACUCAGACUCUGAAAACCAGGAGACUUAUUUAGGUGCUCUUAAGUUGGCUCUUAGCGAUCUCAAAAUUUGGUUGUGUUCAGGUAUUUUAUUCUUUCUUGUGGCUGCAUGUGGUGUUACUAACUUCUUCCCUUCAGUAGUGGAGACGUUGAAUUUCAACAGGACAACAACCUUGUGUUUGACUGCUCCCCCUUAUAUUAUUGCAGUGAUUGCAACCUACAUUUGGGCAAGACAUGCGGACGCUACUGGUGAAAGGUUCUUUCACGUCGUGAUUCCAUUAUGCAUAUCACUUGCUUCAUUCAUAAUAUCGGCGUCCACGCUCAAUGUUGGAGCAAGAUACUUCGCUAUGUGCAUAAUGAUUCCAUCUUUGUAUUGCUCUUUCACGACCAUCUUGUCUUGGUUGUCAAAUUGCGCCCCUCGACCACCGUUGAAGAGAGCAAUUGGUCUUUCCUUAAUGAACUGUCUUUCAAAUUCAACUUCAAUUUGGAACGCUUUCUUAUAUCCAUCCUCCUCAGGUCCUAGGUACUUAACUGCUUUUGUUUGUAAUUGUGCUUUUAUCUUGUUAGCGAUCAUGUGUGCUGUGCUAUUAAGGAUAAGGAUAUUAACUUUGAACAAGCGUAUUACUCUUGGAACAAUGAAUUGGGAAAAGGAGUUAGGUAAAGGUAAUGAUGGCUCUAAGAUAGCGCCAGAUUUUAGAUACUUAUUUUGA